UUUUGCGCAAAAUCCCUUGAAAAUGAUGGAAAUGUCCCCUGAAUACCAAAUUGACUCCCAAAAAUACAUCAGCAGUGCAGCCCUCCCUGAGGUAGCCCUGGCCCAAGAACAAACUUUCAACACGAAGAAGGAUGACUCUUGGUUGGGUAAGGUCAAGGUCAGGUUGUCUCAGAUGGAGCAGCUCCCUGGCAACCGGGAGGUCCAACCGGAGUUUGUUAAAAAGUAUUUCGCAGCAUGGGGAAUGAACAUCACCCGUGACAGACACCCUAUGGCUGGCAUUCUCACAUCAGAGCCAGGCAGUGUGAGGCUGGGGGCUUCAGAAUUCUUGCCAUCACACCUCAAGGUCUACCUGUGCCAUGGUCAGCAUAGGAAGCGAGUCCUUGAGAAUGCCAUCCAGUUGGCUUUGACCAAGGAAACAAUGGCAGAGAGUGGAGAUGAGGAUCCUGAACCCCACGAGUUCCAACUCGAAGAAGUGCAUCAGCAUAAAGAUGCAUUUUGGACAAUGGAUGUCUACCGAAAUUCCUUAAUGACCGAUUCCAUGUUUUUCACCUGGGUACUUCAAGAUAAUGCCCCUGUGGAAAAGGCUCCAAAUCUGUUGCUUGAUUAUGUCAAUGCCUAUGGAACCUUUGUCAACAGCGACCGAGUCCCGACUGGCCUACAGAGGAGAGCAUGGUGGGCAGGGAUGCUUGGGAGCAACAAUUCACUGGAGCCUUUGAGGCCUGUCCUUCGUUCAAUGGAGAUGCUGAGGGUUAUGACUCUCAUGAGAAAGGUCAAAUGGUUCAUCCAAUACACAAAGUCGUCAUUUGUAAGGCAUAUGGGGGGGGGGAUGCAAAAUUUCUGGGCAGCUGCCUUUGAGAUUUGUCUCUGGCACCUAGCCAUACUUUGCUCUGAUGGUCACAUCCUUGGACCUGAGGAUGACAACCAAACGUUCAACAACAUCGACCAUGACCACCUUCCCCCAUCCUCACGUCUCUCCCAGCUCACAUUCUCAAACAUCAAAGAGGACCUUCAACAUCCCAAAAGGGGCAAAAAUCUGAUGAAGUGGAGUUGGAGCCAGUUUGAGAGGGUCCAGAAGGUUCCUGGUGAAUUCCCUGGGAACUUACUUCAACCCAAGGGAGAAGAGGAGUGGACGUUUGAGCCUGGGAUGUUCUACCACCCUGAACAUCUGCUCACAAAGUCUGGUCCACUGGUGACCCAGUUUGGAAAUGCCAAGUAUUGCAUGGAGACUUUUAUUGCAUGUGUGUGGGGGCCCAACGAGUUGUUCAAUAUCACCAUGAAGGGGGGCAAGCAUGAUGAAGCUCACUUUGAUGCGUUCUUCCUUCCCAACAUUGCUGCCUUCUUUGACACUCUGAUCCCCCACCUGGUGAGCAACGUAACUUGGGAUGACAAAGUUGUUCAGUAUCUGCUUCACAAUGCAUCUGACCUUGUCCGGGUGGAUGAACAUAACUCUUUAGGAGCAGACAGAACUUGCAAGGAUCGAAUAACGUUCAUGCUGGAGACAAACAGUCAAUGGUAUGGCCUUAUUGCUCCCUUUGUUCCCUCCACACCCAGUGCCACAUACACGUUCCCCUUGAGUGGAGUGGUGAUCAAAGACAAGUCACCAUCAGGGAAACUGAUCCAGCUGGUGCAGCCAGAGUUCCAAGGGUAUAAUCACCCUCAUCACCCCUUGCCUGGCACUUCCACUCAGUAUCCACCUACAUUCCCUCCCACAGGCCCUUCCACCACUCGACCCAAAACUCCCCCUCCACACUCCACUCCCCAACCCACAGCAGGCCCUUCCACCACUUGGCCUAAAACUCCACCUCCUCCCCAUUCCACUCCACCUCCACCUCCACCUCAGUCCACUCCACCUCCACCUCCACCUCCACCUCAUUCCACUCCACCACCUCUACAUUCCACUCCACCUCCCCAUUCCACUCCACCUCCUUCACAUUCCACUCCACCACCUCCACCUCCUCCACAUUCCACUCUCCAACCCACCCCAGGCCCUUCCACUGCUCAGCCUAAAUCUCCUCCACCUCCUCAACAUUCCACUCCAUCAUCCCAUUCUAAAGCACCCUCUCCAGUAACACAUGCCACUCCAGGUCAAGCCCCCAGACCUGAAACCCCACCUGCUGUUACACCUGGACCUUCAGCUGCAGCUUCUGGUCCCACCCCACCUCUGGCUUUUGCAGGGGUGUACCUUCCACCUCCCCAACAUCAACUUCCACUGGCUUCAGCCCCAGCACCUCCACAGCCUUCUCAUCGUCGUCGUAAAAGAAGAUCUACUCCAAUCUUUACUGACACUGAAGAAGAGGGAAGUGAGGGAAGUUCUUACUCGAACAAGGUGAAGAAGGGCAAGGGGAAACAGCCCAUGACAACCAAGAAGAAGGUCAAGGUGGUCAAGUCCAAGGAGGAGGUUGAGUCAGGGGAGUCUGAUGAAGAGUCUGGUGGACAAUCAGGACCCAAGUAUGACAAGAUUCUUGCAGUGCUUGCUGCAUUCAAGGCUCCAGAUGCCAACGAGACAUUUGGCCUGAGCCCUGAACAGUUGGAGAACUUGCAGGAAACGGAGUUUCUUGAUGAAGUCCUCAAAUCACAUAUUAAUCUGAGAUGGAGGAGAAGGGAGCCAGAUGACUCAGAGGAGGGCCAUCAAGAGUGGUCAGGGAGGGUGGUGCCAUCUGCAAUUCCCUUGAGGCAGAUGAGCCUUGACUCACUUCCAUCCUACCCAAUGGUUGAGAGGCAAAGAAGCCCACAAGUGCUGGUGCCUGCCACUCAGGAGAGUGAUGAAAUGGAGGAAGACUAAGGUUCAUGUAAAAUAUAUGAAUUUUUAGAACAAUUGCCAACAAAUAUGUACAAUGAAUAAUGAAAAA